AUGCGCAUCUCUCCUCUCCAUUACCUCCUCAAGCUUCGGCAUCGUCCACGACAACUGCUACGACUGCGCAAAACUUCACCAACAACAUCAUCAUCGUCAUCGUCAUCGUCAUCGUCAUCCUCUUCUUCUUCUUCUUCUUCUUCUUCUUCUUCUUCCUCAGCCAAUCCCAGUUCAUCCACACCCAACCCCAAUUACACCCUCAAAGCCAUGUCAGGCUCUGUCAUAGGCGCAACGCUCUUUGCGGCUAGCAUGAGUAGUCCAACUGCGCUGGACAAGACUCCGGAGCAUGCGAAGGAGAAGAGACAUCAUUUGAAAGAGGGGGAGGGGAAGGGAUUCACAAAUCCAUGGGAUUCGUGGAAGGAGAUGGGAGUGGUGGGGAUUGGGAUGGCUUUGGCUAGAGCCAAACUAUCCGGAGAAUUUGGCACACCAGAUACAACACCUCCAACUGUUCCCGUCAUAAAACCCACCUUUCUACCUACCCGUACUACGCCCUCCCUUCGCGCAACUUGGCUUGGUCAUGCUUGUUACUAUGUCGAAUACCCUUCCGGUUUACGCGUACUUUUCGAUCCUGUCUUUGAAGAACGUUGUUCACCAUUUUCAUUCAUGGGCCCUAAACGCUACACACCUAUCCCUUGCAAAUUAUCUGAAAUUCCAAUUGUUGAUUUUGUGGUUAUAAGUCAUAGUCAUUAUGAUCACUUGAGUCAUCCUACAGUUAUGGAAAUACAUAAAAGUCAUCCAAAAGCUCAAUUUAUUGUAGGGUUGGGAUUGAAGAAAUGGUUUAAGGAAUGUGGAAUUGAGAAUUGCGUGGAGAUGGAUUGGUGGGAAGAUAUUGAUGUCACCUUAUCUCCUAUUUCGGGAGAGAAACGUAUUUCUACUUCCUCCCAAACAUCUUCCAAGAAUUCUCCACCACCUUCGCCCCUUUCUUCAUCUCCCACAUCUAUAUCUCCCAUAACAGCCCGCAUAAGUUGUCUUCCUUCACAACAUACAUCUGCACGUACUGCUUUUGAUAAAGGACAUACACUGUGGUGCUCAUUUGCUGUUACUUCCAACUCAAAAUCUGUUUGGUUUGGUGGAGAUACUGGUUAUCGAGCUGUUCCACAAGUUCCUAAAGGAACUGAUGAUUAUGGACCUGAAUAUCAACAUUUACCUGUCUGUCCUGCUUUUAAAGAGAUUGGAGAAUUGAGAGGACCAUUUGAUUUGGGACUUAUUCCUAUUGGUGCUUAUGAACCCCGUCACAUUUUCUCUCCCAUGCACGCUAACCCUUUCGAUUCGGUAAACAUAUUCCUCGAUACCAAAUGUAAACGUGCUAUGGGGAUUCAUUGGGGAACCUGGGUUUUGACACCUGAAGCGGUUAUGGAGCCACCUCAAUUAUUGAAGAAAGCUUUGACCUGGAAGAAUAUACCUGAGACGGGAGUAUUUGAUAUUUGUGAUAUUGGGGAGAGUAGAGAAUUUUAG